CAUGGUGCGGCCUAAACAUGUGUAUAUUAGAUCAUUCCAUUGCCGCAGCCAAUCAGUAUUUUAAAUCGCUGUGUCAAUGGAAUAGUGUGGAGAUAGAUUUCUUCAGUUGAAGAAAAAUCGUCGGUAUAGCCGAGAAAAUAAUUUUGCCCAACAAUGUCGAAGUGCCAUAUAUUCCUAGUGAUUCAAUUCCUGUUCCUAUUUGAAAAAUGUCAUUGCGAAGUUUACACUGCUAUGGUAGAUCUAGAGGAUCUUCUAGAUACAGAACAUGUCCUUAUCAAUACUUUGGAAAAUUAUCUCAAGGCCGAAGAACAGAAGCUGGACAUUUUAAGAGGCUACAUAAACGUUUAUAAAAAGCAACAAAACAAAGCACGUAAUGAUCCGCAAUUAUACCUAGGCAAUCCUUUAAAUGCAUAUACCUUAGUGAAAAGGUUAACCGCUGAUUGGUCUCAGGUUGAAACUUUAAUUAGUACUAAUGUAAACGCAGAUGCCUUAGCCAAUAUAACAUACUUUAAAGAAAAUAUGAAAUUCCCUACUGAUGAAGACCUUAAUGGAGCAGCUGUGGCCUUAAUGAGACUACAAGAUACUUAUCAAUUAGAUACAUCAUCUUUAGCUAGAGGCGAACUAAAUGGUGUAAAAUACAGUUCAGAACUAACUGCAGCUGACUGUUUUGAACUGGGAAGACAAUCAUAUAAUAAUGGAGAUUUUUAUCACACCCGACUAUGGAUGGAAGAAGCUGAAACCCGAUUGAAAAGAGAAGCAAAUGAAACUGUACACAAAACUGAUAUUCUUGAGUAUUUAGCGUUUUCUACAUACAAAGAAGGCAACAUUCCUUUAGCUCUAGACUUGACAAACAAGCUACUCGAACUUAUUCCAGAACAUACACGAGCAGUAGGGAAUAAAAACUUCUUUGAAGAUCAACUUAAGGAAGUUGUGCAAACCAAACCAGCCCAAAGAAAAGGCGACGACGAAUCUGCAGAAGUCGAAACUGCUGGGGUAAAAUUUUACAAACCAAACUAUGAUGAUCCAGAAAGCAAAGAUCUAUACGAAGCCUUAUGCAGAGGUGAAGUAACCAUCCCGAUUGAAAUUAAAACUCAACUGAGAUGUAGAUAUGUUUCCAAUAACAAUCCUUUCCUGAAAAUUGCACCAUUUAAAGUUGAAGAAGCUAACUUGGAGCCUGACUUGUUUAUAUUCCACGAUGUUAUGUCUGAUGAUGAAAUUGCUACCAUCAAACGUCUUGCACAACCAAGAUUCCAAAGAGCAACUGUUCAAAAUUCCCGAACCGGUGAACUAGAAGUAGCUCAUUACAGAAUAAGCAAAUCCGCUUGGUUGAAAAAUGAGGAACACAAGCAUAUAGCAGCCGUGUCUCAACGUGUCGAAGACAUGACUGGACUGACAAUGAAAACUGCUGAAGAAUUACAAGUGGUCAACUAUGGAAUUGGCGGUCAUUAUGAUCCACACUUCGACUUUGCAAGAAGAGAAGAAACAAACUCCUUUAAAAAUUUGAAUUCAGGAAAUCGAAUAGCCACAGUGCUAUUUUAUAUGAGUGAUGUUGCCCAAGGAGGUGCCACAGUAUUCCCAGUAGCAAGAGCUGCCAUAUGGCCUAAAAAAGGUACCGCAGCCUUUUGGUACAAUUUGUUUCCUAGUGGAGAUGGUGAUAGACGUACCAGGCAUGCUGCUUGUCCUGUACUUGCUGGAUCUAAAUGGGUUUGCAAUAAAUGGAUUCAUGAAAGAGGUCAAGAAUUCAGAAGACCGUGCACCAAAGAACGCCCACCAGAAGAACUAACUGUUUAGAAGAAUUACUAUGCUAGAAAGAAUUAAUUAAUUUAUUGAGACUGGUUCCUAAUUGUGAAAAAUUUAUAUAUUUUACUUGAUAGAUAUGGCAUUAAAACCAAAAAAUAAUUGAUAAUGAAUCUCAAAAUCAAAACGCAAUAUUAAUAAAUUACAUUUUUAUAAAAAUAUUUUCUGUUUUUGAUAGGUAACCUUAUAAUAUGCUUAUUUUGCCAGUAUACUAAAUAGAGUGACUUGUGAUUUUUUAUAAUAAUAUUAUUAUUGCCUAAAAUAAUGUGAAUCUCAAAAUUUUUUAUAUUGAAAAGAGUAUUUUGUAAUUAUUGUAUAUAAGUAUCAAAUAUAUAAUAUGAAGAUUUAGAUUCUA